AUGUUCUCCGUGGAAGCAUACUUCGACAUGCUUCUCGGACGAGACUACGGCAGUCUUGCACAUUUUCACUUUUUGAAAACCCUCAGGCUUCUUCAAGCAAGAAUAAACAAUCCUACAGACCCGGCGUCUAUCUCAGAUGCUACUAUCAUGGUAGUUGUUAUUCUGGGCUUAGCAGCGGAGAUGAUUGGCGAUCGAACUGCAGCUGAAAAUCACGCUGCCGGGAUGGCGAGGAUAGUGGGUUUAAGGGGUGGUCUUGAGAUGCUGAGGUUUGAUAAUCCCAGAUUACCCGCCAAAGUGUGCAGAGUUGAUAUUGGCUUAGCUCUUCGCUUCGGCUGCAAGCCAGUAUUCUUCGACAAAGACAUAUCCUGGAACCCAUACCUUUCCAGUCAAGGUUUACUUCGCAGAAAAAAGAAGCCUGCGGAUACAAGCCACGACAUGGAACCAUUUUUGAAAACUCUUGACCCCAGAUUAUCAAACGUAUUCAGAGAUCUCGAAGAGUUUGCAAAACUCAGCAACAUCGCCGGACAAACUGGUCGAAAACUUCAACCCAAUAUCUUCAGCGAAGUCAUGGUAUCGACUCUUUACCGGCUCCUCGCUCUGUCUCCAGAAUCAGCUUCAGAAAACGCCUUUCGACUUGGAAUGAUGACGUUCGCUGCGAGUAUCUUCUUUCGAUGGAGGGAUAUGAAGCAAAGACAGGCAUAUCUGGAUGACUCAUUUAAAGAUUCGUUAGUGAGACUGAGCGAGUCCUCUGUUCAACCGUCUAAUAUUGUUCUUCUAUGGCUUUUGAUGAUUUGGAGAACAAAUUCUGUUCAAGAUGGCUGUGAUGAAGCCAUUGAAGGGUGGUUCUUGGAAGUCAUGGAUGGCUUGGGGAUAUGUUCAUGGUCAGAACUGCAUAGCAUCUUGAAAUCUGUUCUCUGGAUAGAUUGUUUGUUCAAUGCAUCCAGCAAGCGAUUUCUUGUACCCAUACUCGAGAAGGUCAGCAGAAAAGGCGUGGAGGUUGACUCAUGA